AUGGCGUGCCGCGGUGGCUGCACCGCUGAGUGCCGGAGCUAUGUGGCGCUGUCGGAGCUGCGGAAGGAAUUCGGCCAACUUUGGCGCAGCUGUUGGGGGCACAAGCAACCGGCAGAGGCCUUCAAUGCAUGGCUCUUCGAGGCUUUGAGCCUAGAAGAGCCCCAAGGCCCACUACCGACGUCAACGGAGGCUGACUCUGAAGCUGUGCUGACUUGGGUGACUUUGCAGAUUCCCUUCCAGUGGCCUUACACUGAGGACGUCACUGAAGCCGAAGUGAACUUCAAGUCCUUCCUCGAGGCCUUGAAAUGUCCCGCAGCUCACUGGCCUGGCAUCAGCGCGCAACUGGUGGACGACAUGGCUCUGAAGCUCGAAGGCCAGACUGCGGUGGAAUCAGAAGACCAGGCCACAGCUUUGCGCUCGGCUGCCUUGCGUGCCUUUCGUCCCUUGCUGCGAUCCACGCUGGAAGAACAACUGAAGAACUUUCUUCGCCAACUGGACGUGGCACUUCAGACCAUCCAUCAGAAGCUCGCGGCGGAGAUUGGAGAGGUGACAGAUGUGUCCGUGGAUGUGGAAGAGACUGCGAAGAUGGUGCGGUUGGAGCUGCGUGGCUCUUUGCCCGAGUCGAUGGAGGGCAAGUUGCCCCGAAGGCAUGAGAUCCAUGCAGAGCAUUGGCAGAAGCUGAAGCGCCUGUACAAGGAGGAUUUGAAAGACUUUCCCGAGAAGUGCUGGAUGCUCUUGAUGCGCUAUCGGGCUCUCUUCGGUCCCCAUGAUGAGGGAGCUGGUUGGCAUAUGGCCCUCACGCCAAGUGUCUUCGAAGCCCUGCAGCAGGAGCUCAAGGUCACGCAUGAGCUCUUUGCGUCGCCCUUGAACUGCACGUUGCCCAGCUACUGCUCGCUCUUCAAGGACACGGACGCUGCCUUCGGCUCUUCAGGCAGCUUCUUCCAUUUCGGAAAGUCUCUCCCAGCGCCUGGCAGCUUUGAGUGCAAUCCUCCGUUUGAGGAUGGUUUGAUGCUGAAGGCUGUGAAUUGCAUCCUGCAGUCCCUUCAUCAGGAGGUGAAGCCCCUCUCCAUUGCACUGAUCUUGCCAAUCUGGCCAGGCAGUCCAGCAAUGAUAUCUGCUCUAAAGUCUUCCUUCUGCCGUGGAUCUAUCGAGAUCAGAGGAUCAAGUCAUUGCUAUUUAAAUGGCCGACAGCACUAUUGCAAGCCGAAUCACAUGCUCCUGUGCCAAGCUGAAGCUAGAGGUUCCCUGCUUGUCGUGCUGCAGAAUUCUGCUGGCACCCAGUUGUGGCCCUUGACGUCUGCAGCGCUUCAACGUUUGCAGGAUGCCUGGCAGCCGGCCAAGCGGCAGAAGACAGAGAAAGCUGCGCAGACAAAAGCGUUUGAGUCGGAAAAGGCGCUGUCACCGAAAGCCGCGCUGGCACCGGAACGAAUUUAA